AUGAUGCUGCGUAGCAGGAAUAACAAUAGCACGAAUAUCAUCAAUAAUCAGAUACCAGGGGAUGUGAAACGUGGUAAGAAGCAGACGAUACAAGCCGGUGACAACACAUUUGAGCCAAAGCCGAAGCGGCCCGCAUUCGCUGAUCUCAGCAGGGCUAUUUCUAACGUUGUGAUCGAUUCCUCUAAAAAACUUCACCUAACAAAGGACAGCCGUCGUCAAAAUUCUCGUCGCUCCAAGAGCCGUUCAGAGUCCUCCCUCAACUCGAUCAAGGAGGAUGUUGAAAGCGAAGGACUAAAUAUCGUUGUUGAACCAGACCCAUGUCCUGCCUAUGACUACGACGCCGAAAGUGGUCCAGACAUCGCAAACGUUUCUGAAUUUGCUUUCGACAUCUUCAAAUAUUACAAGUCCCGUGAGAAAUUGUUCCACGUUGGUGACUACAUGCAUCAGCACCCACAACUGAGCAAGCAAACUCGAGCAGUAGUUGCUGAUUGGAUUGGUAAGAGCAUCCAAGAGACUUUCGAACUCAACCAUGAAACACUGUAUAUGGCGGUGAAAAUCCUUGACCUCUACCUCUCGAAAACCAAAGGAGUGCAGAAAGACGAUUUGCAGGUGUUGGCCAGUGCAGCUUUCUUCAUCGCGUGUAAAUUUGAGGAACGCAGUCCUCCCCUCAUUGAUGACUUUAUGUACGUCUGUGAUGAGCAAUUCGAUCGCGCUCAGAUGAUUCAAGCGGAGAUCAAAGUGCUGGAUACUAUUAACUACGACAUAGGAUUUCCUCUCAGCUACCGAUACGUCAGGCGAUAUGCAAGAGUAACCAAGACUGAUAUGCCAAAGCUGACGCUAGCGCGUUACAUUCUUGAGACAUCCCUGAUGUUCUACGAAUUCGUUGGCGUUUCGGAAUCGUUGAUGGCGGCUGCUGCCAUUCUUCUAGCUUUCAAAAUGCAUGAGAAGGAAGCUACAUGGUCCCCGAUUUUGCAAAAGUAUUCUGGAUACAAAGCUGAUGAUGUUGAACCUCUCAUGUGGGAGUUAAAUCACAUGCUUCACAAACGCCGAAUUAUCUACGAGCGCUUGGAGACUGGUGUUUUCGAAAUAUAG